ACUAACAUAAAUAUUUGACAGUCUGGGCGCAGUGGCAAGACAAUGCCUGAACUGGAGAAAACAAUCGGUUUGAUGAAGAAGGUGGUGGAGAGAGUACAGCGAGAGAACGAAGAGCUGAAGAAGGCUCCAGGAGUGAUCUCCAGUGAGAAACAAACCUGCCUUGAAAUGGAAAAUGACAAGCUUAAGUUGGAACUGGAGAAAUUAAAAUUGCAGGUGGGUGGCCAACUAAGUUUGCGUUACGAGUCCAAAACGAAAGGCGUGGAAAAGAUCUUAGCUGAAAAUGAGCGAUUGCGAAAGGAACUCAAAAAGGUUUUAUUCAUUCUCACCUUCAACAACAAUAUGGCCCAUCUCCAAGAUGAUGAAAAUACUCUUGUUGUGAUGCCUCUGAACAUAGCUAGACAAUGGAUCUCUUCAAUAUCUCCUGCUCCUUUAGCAGGGAGAGACACAGCUCUCUGCUUGAUACCUCGCACUUUUCAACGCAACUCUCCGUGCAAGUUGAAGAGGAAAUGGACUUACUGAACCCUUCUCUAGAGUAAUGGAAGAUAAUGCUGGAAAUAUUCAGCAAGUCAGUCAGCAUCUAUGGAGAGAGGAUGGGGUUUUCUUGCAUAUCAUGUCACAAAUGAAGUAAUGUGCCACUAUAUUUAUAGAAUAUUUGUAUUCUAGCAAAUCAAAAUGUACACCAGAUAAAAUCAAAUUGGAAUUGAAAAUGUAAAUGCUAGAAAUAUUCAGCAGGCGAGGAAGCAGUUCACCACCAGUGGAGAGAGAAGCAGAGUUAACGUUUAAAGACUAUGAUCUUUCACCAUCACGGCUGAUGU